AUGUCGAGCACUCAAGGUGCUGAGGUCCUCUCGCAAGGCGUCGGCUAUGGCGUGGUUCUCGGGAUCGGCUUCGUCUUCGCCAUUCUGAUGAUGGGCCUGUCGACCCUCCAGAACCGCUACACGACGUACAAGAUCGGCACUUCAGAAGAGUUCAACACGGCGUCGCGCUCAGUCAAGCCCGGCCUGAUAGCUUCCGGAAUUGUCUCCGCGUGGACAUGGGCCGCUACGCUUCUCCAGAGCUCGACAGUGACGUACGAAUACGGGCUAUGUGGGGGCUACUAUUAUGCAGCUGGGGCCACGCUCCAGAUCUUCCUGAUGGCAGUCCUCGCGGUGCGCCUGAAGAUGAUUGCACCGUACUGCCACACGUAUCUCGAGAUCGUCCAGGCCCGCUACGGCAACACCCCGCACUUCAUCUUCGUCACCUUUGCUCUUGUGACCAACCUCAUCGUGUCGAGUAUGCUUUUACUCGGCGGCAGCGCUGUCGUGAAUGCGUUCACGGGCAUGAACGUCUACGCCGCCAACUUCCUGAUCCCGAUCGGCGUGGUGAUCUACGUGAUCUUAGGUGGUCUGCGCGCUACCUUCCUCUGUGACUAUUCCCAUACGCUCAUCCUAAUGAUCAUAAUACUCUAUCUUUACUUCUACACCUAUACGGAGGCGGAGUUGAUUGGUGGCAUGGAGGGCAUGUAUCGGCUGCUGCAGCGUGCAGCUGAGGAGCGCCCUGUUUCAGGGAACGCACAGGGAUCAUAUAUGACCUUGAAGUCCAACAAUGGGCUUGUCUUCAUGAUCAUCCAGGUAUUUGGUGGACUGGGCACCGUAAUGUUGGACCAGGGGUAUUGGCAACGAGCGAUCGCGUCGAAGGCCAAGACUGCUGUCCGUGCAUACCUCAUGGGCGGAGUCGCAUGGUUCGCCGUGCCAUUGACACUCUCGACAACCACGGGACUAGCAGCCGUCGUGUUGGCCAACAGCUCUGCUUUCCCCUACCCGGGUGGCCUAACAACCGCAGAGAUAGACGCCGGCCUCGCUGCUCCGGCUGGCGUGGUGACGCUACUGGGCAAGGGUGGUGCAGUAGCGAUGCUCAUACUGCUUUUCAUGGCGGUGACAUCGGCCGCCUCCUCAGAGAUGAUCGCAACUUCAUCAAUCCUCACAUUCGACCUCUAUCAAAUCCACUUCAAGCCAGACGCAUCUCCGGAAGUGCUCAUCCGCGUGUCGCACAUCAUGGUCGGCGUCUGGGGUAUCACCAUGUCCUGCGUCGCUUGCCUCUGGAACGGCAUCGGCAUCUCGAUGAACUGGCUCUUCCUCUUCUCCGGCACGCUUUACACCGCGGCGGUCGGCCCGAUCGUGCUAAGCGUGCUCUGGCGCAAGCAGACGCGCACCGCCGUCAUCAGCGGCGCACUCGGCGGCCUCUGCAUCGGCGUCAUCUGCUGGCUCGUCGUCGGCAAGACGUACUACGGGGCCCUCACGAUCUACACCACCGGACAGAUAUACCCGAACCUCGCGGGGAAUAUGGGCUCGUGCUGCUCGGGCGCGCUCAUCUCGAUCGUCGUGACGCUCGUCAGGCCCGACAACGCGUUUGACUGGUCCGAGACGAGGAAGAUCAACCCGCGUGGACGCGCGCUGGACCAGGAGCGGCUGAGGCAGACGGCGUCGCGCGGGAGCGACACGCCGUUCAUCGUGGAGAAGGAGGCGGAGAAGAUGCAGGAUGGCGGUGCGGCAACGCGCGCGGCGUCGAUGAGAGUGGGCGAGGAGGUGUCUUCUGUGGAUGAGGAGGUGCAGAUCGAGGAGUACGAGACGCUGCAAAAGUCGCUCAGGGCGGCGAUAUGGGCGUCGCUCAUCAUGAGCUUCAUCAUCGUAUUCCUGAUACCGAUCCCGAUGUUCCUCUCGCACUACGUGUUUUCGCUGCGCUUCUUCAAGGGCUGGAUCGUCCUCUGCGUGAUGUGGCUGUUCGUCGCGGCGUUCAUCACGUCUGUGCUUCCACUGUGGGAGAGCCGGAGGGCAAUGGUGGAGAUUGCCAAGGGCGUGGUACGAGACGCUUUUGGUAGAGGUAGCCGGCGGGAAGAGUCGUCUAAAAGUAGAAAUGGCGCGUAA